GGCUGUCUCGGGUGUACAACUCGCAGCCGCGCCGGGCUCUGGACCGCGACAGCUGAGUGCGCGCCAGAGUAGGCGGGCCUGCUCUUAGCUGCAGCUUUGAGAGGAUUGCACAACAGUCGGAGGGCAAAACAGUUACUCCUUUGAAUAGUUCCGAGAACUGCUGUCAGAGACCGCAGACCUAUUCCAUUUUGAGGGUGGCGAGGAAAGAACUGGCUGUGUCCGCCAUGUUGGUGAAGGCAAACGAAGGCUACGCGAGCUCCAGGGCCGUCGGCCCUGCUGGCUCGAGUCCGCCAUAUUAAUAAAGAGAAAGGGGGUGGGAGGGGGGGCCCUCCUUCAGCCCCAGCAGCCCCCACGUACACACCCCUUCUUCCCACCCCGCUGUCACGACUAAGCUCGGGGGGCGCUUCGGCUGCUUCGAUUGUACAGGCUCUGCUGGAAGGAAGCUAAACAGCCAGAGCCUCCCAACAGCGCCGAAUGAGUGGCAAAGGGAAAUGCCGACCAAUUGCGCCGCGGCGGGGUGUGCUACCACCUACAACAAACACAUUAACAUCAGCUUCCACAGGUUUCCUCUGGAUCCUAAAAGAAGAAAAGAAUGGGUUCGCCUGGUUAAGCGCAAAAAUUUUGUGCCUGGAAAACAUACUUUUCUUUGUUCAAAGCACUUUGAAGCCUCUUGUUUUGACCUAACAGGACAAACUCGAAGACUUAAAAUAGAUGCUGUUCCAACCAUUUUUGAUUUUUGUACCCACAUAAAGUCUAUGAAACUCAAGUCAAGGAAUCUUCUGAAGAAAAACAACAAUUAUACUCCAGCUGGACCAUCAAAUUUGAAAUCAAACAUUAGUAGUCACCAAAUACUACUCGAACAUAGUUAUGCCUUUAGGAAUCCCAUGGAGGCAAAAAAGAGGAUAAUUAAACUGGAGAAAGAAAUAGCAAGCUUAAGAAAAAAAAUGAAAACUUGCCUACAAAAAGAACGCAGAGCAACUCGAAGGUGGAUCAAAGCCACGUGCUUGGUGAAGAAUUUAGAAGCAAAUAACUUACUACCUAAGGGCACAUCAGAACACAUUUUACCAACUGCCUUAAGCAAUCUUCCUUUGGAAGAUUUCAAGAUUCUCAAACAAGAUCAACAAGAGAAAACUUUACCAGUUCUGUAAAUCUAAACAGACCAACAGUACCUUCAUUUUAAGUUUAGCUUGCAUAGAACUUGAUGCCCACCCUUCAUUCUAUUCAGAGGUAAAGAAUAGAAAUUGAGUAUCUAAUAAAGUUUUACUUGAAAUAA